AAGUUAUCCUCCGUAACCGUGUUGCAGGCAGCAGGUGGUCAUUGUGUUGAAGUGAUCAAGACGUGAAUGGAACCAUGAUAUUGUUUUAUGAUAGAAGUGGAUAUUUUCUACGACAACUCUUGGACUGACAUGGACAGCGUGGAAUAAACACUCUAUAACGUGUAUUUGACGCCUUAUUUUCUUGUUCGAAAGAAGUUAAACAUUUUGUCCAGUUAUAGUUUUUGCCCGAAUUAGUUCAGCGCGAGUAAGACUUAAAAUAGUUGCUGUGUUUUAGCUUUACAAUUGGCUUUGUUGCAUUUUGCUGUGAAACCAUGGCAUUUGCUAAAUUCAGCAAAAUACUUCGCCUGUCUAAUUUUGACAUAAAAAAGAAGGCAAAACAAUAUGAGCACGUUCAUCGAGACAUCAAUCCUAAUGACCAAUGGGAAAUUAUUGGAGAAUUAGGUGAUGGAGCGUUUGGAAAAGUUUAUAAGGCUAAAAACAAGGAGAGCGGAGCGCUGGCAGCCGCCAAAGUGAUUGAGACAAACACAGAGGAGGAACUGGAGGACUACAUGGUGGAGAUUGACAUCCUGGCCAAGUGUGACCACUGCUACAUAGUCAAGCUCCUGGAUGCCUUUUACUACGACGCCAAGCUCUGGAUCAUGAUCGAGUUCUGCCCCGGAGGUGCGGUGGAUGCCAUUAUGCUAGAGCUGGACCGGGGUCUGAUGGAGCCCCAGAUCAAGGUGAUCUGCAGGCAGAUGUUGGAGGCUCUGGUCUAUCUGCACAGCAUGAAGAUUAUCCACAGAGACCUGAAGGCUGGAAACAUCCUCCUCACCCUGGAGGGAGAUAUCAAGCUAGCGGAUUUUGGCGUGUCGGCGAAAAAUACCAAAACCCUGCAAAGAAGGGACUCUUUUAUAGGAACACCUUACUGGAUGGCACCAGAGGUGGUCAUGUGUGAGACCAUGAAGGACGCUCCAUAUGACUACAAGGCUGACAUCUGGUCCCUGGGCAUCACCCUGAUCGAGCUGGCCCAGAUUGAGCCCCCCCACCACGAACUCAACCCCAUGAGGGUUCUGCUGAAGAUAGCCAAGUCUGAGCCCCCUACCCUGGAGCUGCCCAACAAGUGGUCACCGGAGUUCAAUGAUUUCCUGAAAAUGGCGUUGGAUAAGAAUCCAGAGAGUCGACCAACUGCUGCCCAGCUCUUGGAGCACCCCUUUGUCAGCUCAGUGAAGACCAACAGACCCCUGCGAGAGCUGGUUGCCGAGGCCAAGGCUGAAGUCAUGGAGGAAAUAGAGGACAAUCGGGAGGAUGGAGAGGAGGACGACGCGGCCGAGCUCAACAUCACGGCGCCUCCUGGCAAGGAGCCUUCCCAGACCAGUCAGACCAGCCUGGAAGGAGACAUUCCCCAUGACCCCCCAUCCAAAACCCCCGUGAGGCCGCCCCGCGCGGCGGACAACCAGGCGGCGGAGCGACAGCUCGCCGACGAGGGCAUCAGCAUCACGGACUCAGACAAGCUGGAGAGGGAGGCCCCCGGCAAGACCGCCUCCAGCUCUGACUCGGGCAUCGAGGACGGGAAGAGCACGCCCACCUCGGACGAGGGCAAGCCCGUGGACACCCUUGAGGGGGAGAACCCGCCCUCGCUCGGCCGCCCCUUGGCCCUCGAGGAACCGGAGGUGGCCGGAGGCCAGGUGGAGACGGCAGAGGAGGAGGGCAGCAGCGGCCCAGGGCCCACAAGCGGCCACGCCCCCGACCCCGUUUCUCCGCCCACGGACAGGGCCUCCACGGGGUCUAAUCUAGACAACCUGAUGCCCCACCACAAUGCUAACGGGAGGAUCUCCAAGAGUUACUCCGACGCAGGCAGUAUGUCUGAGAGCAUGGACAUCAGCCUCAACCUGUCAGGAGACAUGUCAGUCAACAGGGACAGCGGGUCCAUCUGCCCCCGGGUGGACUCUCGCUUCUCCAAGAAGACGUUGAAGCGCACCAGGAAGUUUGUCAUUGAUGGCGUUGAGGUCAGCGUGACCACAUCCAAGAUUAUCAGUGAUGAUGAGAAGAAAGAUGAAGAGAUGAGGUUUCUCAGGCGCCAGGAGCUGCGCGACCUGCGUCUCCUGCAGAAGGAGGAGCAUCGUGCUCAGGCGUUGCUCAACACUAAGCUGGAGGUUCAGAAGGACCAGAUGCAGCGGCGCUUUGACCAGGAGAUGAACGCAAAGAAGAAGUACUAUGACACAGAGCUUGAGAACCUUGAGAAGGCCCAGAAGCAGACCAUUGAGAGGAUGGAGACGGAGCACGCUGUGAAACUCCGGGAUGAGACCAAGCGAAUCCGCUCAGAACAGGAGCGCGAUUACAGCAAGUUCCAGGAGCAGCUGAGGCUGAAGAAGAAGGAGUUGAAGAAUGAAGUUGACAAGCUUCCCAGGAAGAUACGGAAAGAUACCAUGAAACAGAGAAUGAACUCCUUCACACAGAUGAAAGAUACCGAGGAGCAGACCUUCCUGUUGACCCAGAAGGAACACCUGGACAUGACACUGAAGAGGAUCAUUUCCGAUAACAAAAGGGAGAUCUCGGAGACCGAGAGGAAGUGUCUUACAAAGAAACAGGAACUGGUUAGAGAAAGGGAAGCUACCAUCUGGGACCUUGAGGAGAAGAACCUUCAUGAAAAGCACCAGUUGCUUAAACAGCAGCUGAAGGACCAGUAUUUCCUCCAACGGCAUCAGCUGCUCAAGAAACACGAGAAGGAGCAAGAGCAGAUGCAGUGCUACAACCAGCGGAUGAUUGAGCUGCUGAAGGGCAGGCAGCAGCAGGAGAAAGGCCGCAUGCCCAAGAUCCAGCGCAGCGAGGGCAAGACCCGCAUGGUCAUGUUCAAGAAGAGCCUCCGCAUCAACUCCACAGGCAGCGCCGCGGAGGACCGGGAGAAAAUCAAACAGUUUGCCCAGCAGGAGGAAAAGCGUCAGAAGGCAGAACGUACGCACCAGCAGCAGAAGCACGAAAGCCAGAUGAGGGACAUGGUGGCCCAGUGUGAGGGCAACGUCAGGGAGCUCCAGCAGCUCCAGAAUGAGAAGUGCCACUUGCUGAUUGAGAAUGAGACUCAGAGGCUCAAGUCUCUGGAUGAACAGCAUAACCACCAGCUGAAAGACUGGAAGGAGCAGCUCAAGCCAAGGAAAAUGGCUCUAGAGGAGGAGUUGAAUCAGAGGAAAAGAGACCAAGAAGCCUUUUUCAAGAUGAGUGAAGAAUCAGAGUUCCUGAACCCCAGCUCCUCAAACAAAGUCACCAAGUUCCUUCCGUACUCAGAUUCCUCCACCACAUAGCCAGGCAUCUCUCCCUCCAAACACCCCCCCCCCCACGUCAUGGGACAGCCCUAACCCCUCCAACACACACCAUGACCCCCCUGAAGGACAACUGUUGAUUGCCUCUGUCUCAUCAGAUUGCACAUAGUCCUCUCGUCAUCUGUCAUUUUUAACAAAUAUGUUUUAAAGUCCUGUUUAUAGUAUUUUAUCAUUUGCAUAACCCCCAAAGGUUAGUUAUGGUCUGAUUUUCUUGGACGCCACGUGUGCAUCAGGCUGCUUAAUAAUGCAGCGUUUUCUUUGUAAUUGUCAGUGGUUCACUGUGCCCAAUAAGCUGAUCCUAACAUACUGUACAGUUAGGCUGAAGGGGGCGAGGCCUCCCAUGUCCCGAAGGGGGCGAGGCCUCCCAUGUCCCGAAGAGGGCGAGGAGGCAAGCCAGCGUUUAAGGUGCAAUGUGUAAAAGAAUCAAUAAGCACUUUUGUUUCACUGCAAUAUCUGUCGUCUUCCCCAGAGUCAUGUAAUGAUCACGCCCAAAGAUGGUAAUACCAAGACUCUCUUCAUUGCCCUUGUGUGCCUUGGCUCGACAGACUUUUUGUUCACACCACACGUUUUUGUUUAGAACAUUGAUUCUGUAUAUCGAGUUGCCAAAUCUGUUGCCAAAACAAAUUAUUCUUGUUUGGUUUAUUUUUUUUACAUUUGUGUUUUACUAAUGUGUUUAAAAGAGCCGAGCAUUCAGUUUAUGAUAGUGAAUUAAUAGAAUUCACACUGAAAUCAGUUUUCUGCACUGUACUUAGCAAAACACUUUCACUAAGAGAUCUGAUCGUUUAUGGAAUGAAAGAUCUGAAAGUUAAUUUGACCCUUUUUGAUUUUGGAUGAUUUCGCUGAGAAGAACUUAAAAUCAAUGAAUAUAUUUCGGAAACAGUUGUCAUCCAAUUUGUUUAUGUUGCUUUUAAUUCAAAGUUUGAAGAACAAUUUUUUGGGGUUGAGAUUUUAAUGAUUUAGGGAUGACUAGGUUGUGACUCAAUUAAGUGUUAGAAUGUCUCUGACAUGUUUAUUUCUGUGCAGCAUUUUUACUGUAAAGGCGAUACUAGGGCUCUGGAUGGGAAUUAAGUAAGCCAGAGUACUGUUGUCUUUGAAGGAAUCUUAAGAAAUAUGUGGAGGUUUUGAAUGAACAUGUUUUAAUAGAGUUAUUAUUGAUUGUUUAAAUGCACUGUCUGCUAACCAAAGUGCAAUGUCAUGUUCUUUAAACAGAGGUUUUUCCUCCACCAAAUGUGCCUUUUGUUGCUAUUUUAGGCAUUUAGUAGACGGAUCACAUUUUCAUGGUUCGAUUGAGUUAAAUAAAGAAAUAUACUUUUUUGCAGUUAAUCAUGUUACUUUUGCAAAUGGUGCAUGGUUUCUGUCCAGCUCGACCUGUUAAAUGUUAUCAGGUCAACUGUCAGGUACAGCCUACUCUCCUCUGUCCGACUCCUACUUUCACAAGAUGUAUUUUAAUUAGUUUUUAUGUGAUUCUCUUAAUUUCUGUUCGUACCUGUAUAUAAACUUUAUUUGUAAGGGGCAUCAGUGAAUGUGACUGUUCAGCAGAAGGAACCACUGUUGUAUGUAAGUCUAAUAAAAUGCACAUUUUCUGUUUACUUCACAA